UAGUUCGCCGGGCGCCCGGCUCCCUCGCGUUAGUCUUGCUGUGUUGUGAUCACGUGGCCGACUUCGGGCGCGGCGCUUGUUUUGGUUUUUCUUUAGCUUGCCUCUGGAAGCUUUGGGGUGAACGAUUUUCCUGCACCGGUUGCCGUGCCUGUCUACAUCCAGACCUCUUCUUCGGGCUCUCUUAGCCCGCAGUUCUGCAUGUCCCUCGGGGCGGGUUCCUGCCAUGCCGUUGGUCCGCUACAGGAAGGUGGUCAUCCUUGGAUACCGCUCUGUAGGGAAGACAUCUUUGGCACAUCAAUUUGUGAAAGGCGAGUUUUUGGAAGGCUACGAUCCUACAGUGGAGAAUACUUACAGCAAGAUAGUGACUCUUGGCAAAGAUGAGUUUCACCUACACCUGGUGGACACAGCAGGGCAGGAUGAGUACAGCAUUUUGCCCUAUUCAUUCAUCAUUGGGGUCCAUGGUUAUGUCCUUGUGUAUUCUGUCACCUCUCUACAUAGCUUCCAAGUCAUUGAGAGUCUGUACCAAAAGCUACAUGAAGGGCAUGGGAAAACCCGGCUGCCAGUGGUGCUAGUGGGGAACAAGGCAGAUCUCUCUCCAGACAGAGAGGUACAGGCAGUUGAAGGGAAGAAAUUAGCAGAGUCCUGGGGUGCGACAUUUAUGGAGUCAUCUGCUCGAGAGACUCAGCUGACUCAAGGCAUCUUCACAAAAGUCAUCCAGGAGAUUGCUCGUGUGGAGAAUUCCUAUGGGCAAGAGCGACGAUGCCGUCUCAUGUGAGCCCUCGGGUGUGGGGUAACUCCCUUGUUGCUGCCUCUAGCACUUGCUGGGUUCCAUUGGGGGACAGACCCUCUGGACUUCAUGGAUAGCUGCCAGCUAUUCCUAGCCCUCUGGGCACACAGUGUGGUACCUCAUAUUUGCACACUUUCCACAGGCUCCAGUGGCCUGGGUGUCAAUGUUUACAAAGGGCAAGGAUGUCUCAUGGGCACUGGCCUCUCUAGACCCUUUUUUCCUCUAAAUGAAUUCUCUUAGAACCUGUGGGUUGGUAUAUGAGUCCUGGGCAUUGUUUAUCCAGGACUCAUCCUCCUGUAUAGGUUUUUGGUGUUGCCUGGGCAAGAAGAGCUGGGGACUCCUGAAGAAGAGUUGGCUUCCUGGUGUGACAAUGUAUAUAUGCAAAUAAACUGAGAAAUCUUU